AUGACCAACAUCACCCUUCGCCAGCUAGAAGGCUUCCCCUACAACGUGUGUAUCGAUCCCGACUUGCUGGCUUACUGGAAUCGGAUGCUCAACCGCCGCCUCGCGUGGAUCCGCAAGAACCGCGACAAGCCGGGCAUCGACACAACCGACUUAAUCACUGGCUAUGAUGGACUUCCAACCUGCGCCAACCUCUCCACCGAGCCUAUCGACUUCGAUCCGAUUGCAUACGCCGAUAAAUACACCAAUGCCCUCGAACUUAAACUGCUCUUCCAGCCUGUCAACCGUGCCUGGGCUCAGGGGCACAUCGCCGCUCACCAAGCCGUCGAAAGGGUCAUCAGGAUCCUGGAAGACAGACCAAAAACAACCCAUUUCGCAUGGGGCCAUGUCCUCGACUGGAUCACGAACAUGGACGUGACCAGAUUCAUAAAGACCCUUGAUCUGAUGGAACGGAUUAUGGAUGCAAAAAGGAUAUACUUUGCGGACUUUGAACAACUAAGGCACUUCGCCAACAAGCCAUACUCUAGUGGGCUCCAUAUCGGCUCUCCGUGUAUGCAGAACAUGUGUCGUAUCAUCGGACUCGAUGUCGAUGAUAAGUUCACUUGGUUAUACCUCCCAUUAUACCGGAGACAACUCGCGUGUCGUGCAGAACACAUUCAAAACUUCAUUCUGCCCGUUCAUCAAGCUCUUUCUGGAAACUUGAAUCGGACAAUAGACGUCGCCGGCUAUGUUGGUGGGCGUUUGAGGCUACUCCUGGACGCGGAUCACAAUAAGGAACUACUUAGACAACUUGACGGCGAGUUGGUCGACAUGAUGCAUCAGAUCCGCGCUACUGCACCUCAGGUUUAA